CUCCCUUUUUUCGUCUUCCCUUUCAAAAGCCCUAGUUCCAACUCCUAAAUAUAUCUUCUAAUUUCACAACUUUUCAAAUUUUUUCGAGAUCUAGGUUUAUUCAAGAACAUGGAUAUUCCUCAAGAAGUCGAUGAUUACAUGAAAGAAACAAUCGAGCAUUCCUUAGGUCUUCAAAUCUCCACUCAAUAUUUGCAAUCUAAACUCCGCUACACCGAAGAAGCGCAGGGUCGCCUCCGUGACCAGUGCAUAUUCCUCCUCUCAAAAUUGAAAGAGAAAGAUCAAAUCAUCGAGCGUUCGAAGGCCGAAGCGAAUAUGAAUGCUGUGGCUUUGAAGAGAUUCGUGGAUGAGAAUCAGAAACUUGCGGCGGAGUGCGCGGAUUUGUUGACUCAGUGUAACAAAUGGGAAAGAGAGUGUUCGCUUUAUGAUCAUGAUAGGGAGGCGUUGAUGGAUUUUGGGAACGAGGCUGAUGAGAGGGCGAAGAAAGCUGAGUUUCGGGCUCAUGAAUUGGAAGAGGAGUUAGGGAAAUUAACUGAAGAGUUAAGUUUCUACAAGCGCCAUGAUGAGAGCCGAGGGAUUGAUUCAUCUUCUGAGGGAACUACUUUGGAAGAGAAUUUGCUUGAUUCAGUUUUAUCAACAUUGAUAUGUAAAGAUGAAGUCACGUGUGGACGAACAUUCUUGGAGGCAAAUAAUUCCCUUGAAGCAUGUCAAAGGUUACAUAAAAUGUGGAAUAAGUUAAGGCCUUCAACUCAAAAAAUUUUGGCGCUGGCUGCUGAAGUAAAGACCCUUGAGAAAGACAAAGAACAUCUUAGAAUGAAUCUUUGCAAAGCUGAAGAUGAGGUCAAAGUUCUGUUUGAAGAAAACAAUAUAUUGAAUGAGGAAAACAGAAGAUUAUUAAGGCAAUACCACAAAGAAAAGAACCAUCACGGUUCUGGUGGGAAGAAUUCUGGUAGUGCAUCUACGAAGACAAACAAGCGUCCAAAGAUAUGCAGUCCAAUUGAGAAGAAAAUUGACUUCACUGAUCCUGAUUCGCCGAGGAAUCCUCUGUCACCCUUGCGACAACUCCCCAGAUUUAAGAAUGCACAAUCUCUGAUUAAUGCUUCGAAUUCAGCAUCAACAAAAGUGACAUGUAUAUGAAUGUUUCGGCUCCAUGUUGGUUUUGGUCAUUUGAAUGCGCGUUUCACUUCAGUGAUGACAAAAGGAAUAUAACUGUAGAUGAACGUUUCAUACAUUUUAACUGUGUUACUUUUGUGGUCCUUCGAAUGAUCGAGUAUUCUUUGGUAAUAUUAACUGCUGUUUGGGCUUUCUACUCCGAAAAGAAUGCUGUAUCUACAUGAA